AGCUUUUUCUUCCUCCACCACGUGAAAUGUCAUUUCUUUGUCUCCCUCUCUUUUUACGUUAACCAGGCCUCAUCCUUCAAAUAUCUCAAAACCCCUUUCAUCGCUAUUUCACUACCAUCUAACUCUAGCCAUUACCAUUCAUCUCCGAUAGACUCUUUGAACAACCAAGUACUCCAUGAGUUUCGCUUCUUCCGUGUAUACAAAGAUGGUCGUAUCGAAAAAUUCCAUUCCAUCCACAAAAUCCCUCCGUCCGAAGACCAAAUCACCGGGGUGAGAUCCAAAGAUGUCGUGAUUUCAUCUGACCCUGCUGUAUCCGCCCGAAUUUUCCUACCCAAGAUCCAUGACCGGACCCGGAAACUUCCUGUGUUGUUCUACAUCCAUGGUGGUGGCUUUUGCUUUCAGUCCGCCUUCUCUCCAGAGUUCCACAGGUUGGUCAGCUCAUUGGCCGCUAAAUCCAACGCCAUUGCCGUCUCGGUUGAGUACGGGCUGUUUCCGGAGCGGCCCAUACCCGCUUGCUACGAAGACUCAUGGGCGGGGCUUCAAUGGGUCGCAUCUCAUGCCAACAGAAACGGCCCGGAGCCAUGGUUGAACGAGUACGCUGAUUUUGACCGGGUCUUCGUUGGUGGGGACAGUGGAGGAGGGAACAUUUCUCAUACCUUGGCAGUUUGGGUUGGGACACUCGGGUUACCGGGCGUGAAGCUUGUUGGGGUGAUUCUGGUGCACCCGUUUUUUGGUGGUAUGGAGGAUGAUCACAUGUGGUUGUACAUGUGUCCAACAAAUGGUGGGCUGGAGGAUCCUAGGCCGAAACCGUCCACAGAGGAUCUGAGCAAGCUAGGGUGUGAGAGGGUACUCAUAUUUUUUGCACAAAACGACCACUUAAUAGAUGUGGGUAGAUGGUACUACGAGGAACUAAAGAAGAGUGAGUGGGCCGGAAAUGUUGAGGUUGUGGAGCAUGAAGGAGAGGCCCAUAUUUUCCACUUGAUGAAGCCAGAUUGUGAGAAGGCUAUUGAUUUAGUCAACAAGUUUGCUGCCUUUAUCAACAAAGAGUAAUUUGGGCAUGUCUAUUAUAUCUAUUUCUUGUUUUUGUGGGAGAAGGAAUUUGGUCUCUUCAUGAUUUAUGUCAUCUUUUUAGUGUGUACCAAUAUUAAAACUCUUUUAUGCUAUAUUGUUUAAUGAAUUUAUUUAUGUU